GUCUUGUACAUAGCUUUUAAGAAGCUAAAUUUGACAUUUUCUUAAGCUUUUAACGAUUUUUCAGUCCUAACAAUUUUAGAAAAACAUAAGCGCACCCAGUUUCAAUUAAAAUUCGUUUAAAAAAAUAUAAAUUUACGAAAUAUUUUAUUCAAAUAUAUCAAAAUAAUUUGAUUUUUGUCGAAAUAAAAUAGUGAACCAAACAAAAAAUCCACUUACGUCAAUUUAUUGUUCUUCUUAUCAUAAAUCACUUUUGGUUAAUGUUUUUUAAAAAGGCGCGAAUAAUUAAACUUUUUUUAACGAAAUAGACAACGCUGUGUUAAUUUAUCCGUUUAUUGCAUUUAAGGGAACAAUAAAAGUUAAUUCCCCAUGGUUUUUUUAUAAGAAGAUUUUUAGAUUAAACAAAGGCUUUUGUAAAAACUCGCCAAUAUAUACCAUCCUAACCGCUGGCUCUUCUUUCCUCCGACUGUAAUUAUGUCACAUUACCGCUAUAGAUAUAGACAUAGAUGUAACACGAUAUUUUUUGCUUGCCUGAGAGACAAGCCGAUUAGUAGAUUGCACCAAAUAGGCUGACAACACUACAUUUAAAGUGCGCCGGAGUGGCGACCCGAACUGAAACCUUUACAAACCGAAUGCGCUACAACUACACCAUCUUCGCUGUAACACGAUAUUCUUUCUCGCACACAAAUAGACAGAAUACGGCUGUUGUGAAAGAGAUCAAUUUUUGAAUAAAUACAACGGGACCGCUUUGGUUUCAAUUUUUAAAAGCGUUCAGCAGAGAGAAUUAAUUACAAUCGAAAAAAAUAUGGAAAGUUUUUUUGCGGGUUGUGUAGGAGGUGGUGUUGGUAUAGCCGUUGGGCAUCCCUUCGAUACAGUAAAAGUUAGGCUGCAAACUCAAAAGAUUGGUCUGACAUCAAAUAUUCAAUACAAAGGAAUAGUUGAUUGCGUAGUAAAAAUUAUACAAAAGGAAGGUGUGACAGGAUUUUACAAAGGUUUAACACCUCCACUUGUUGGUUUGUCCAUCCAAAAUGCUUUUUUGUUUGGAGUGCAACACAAUAUUAUCAAGUAUUUCGGAUCAGAUUUAGUUAGUCAAUUUAAAGCAGGGUGCAUAACAGGCGCAGUACAAUCUAUACUUUCAAACACGAUUGAACUUGCUAAAAUACAACUGCAAGUUCAAGGUGUUGGACAGAAAGUGAAAUCACGAAGAGAAUUAAAAUUGAAAGGUACUUUUAGUGUGUUUAGUCAUCUCUACAAAACGGACGGUAUUCGAGGUUGUUUUCGUGGAAAUUGGGUUACCUUGGCAAGAGAUUGUCCAGGCUGUGGAGCAUACUUCUACAUUUACGCAUACUUCUGUCAUCUCUUUACUCCUCACAGUGGUAAUGCAGACGAAGUCAAAGUACAUCAGCUGUUGCUGGCGGGUGGUCUCGCUGGAGCCUUAUCAUGGGCGUUUGUGCUUCCCAUUGAUGUGAUUAAAUCCAAAAUACAAGCGGAGGGCUUUCUCCCGCAUGGAAGGUACAAGAAUUAUAUGGACUGUAUACGUACAUGUUAUCGUAGCGAAGGUAUUCAAGGUUUUACAAGAGGUUUACUACCCACUGUCGUGAGGGCGUUUCCUGUCAAUGCUGUUACAUUAUGCACUGUCAGUAUAUUGUUAAGACUUAUGAAUAGGGAGUCAACACAUGAUAAACAGGAUUCAGUUGGUGUUGCCUAUAUAAAUUAGUAGUUGUUUUAAAUUGCUUUGUAGUAAUGUUAUUUUUUCUUUGUAGAAAAAUAUAUUCACAGGCUAUGUCCAAAAUG